GUUCAGCAGAGGAGUCUAUCUGUGGCAGCUUACUGUAUCUUGUGGAUCUUACUGAGCGCUGAGAGUGAGCCAGGACCCAGGCAGACAGAUCAGGAAUGGUUAAUAAUCGAACCUCCGAAUCCACCACCACGGCAGUAAGCAGCAACGGUUCACCCCCCAAAGCCUGCGCAGGCUGCGGGGGGAAGAUCGCCGACCGAUUCCUUCUCUACUCCAUGGAACGAUAUUGGCAUACCCGCUGCCUAAAGUGUUCGUGCUGCCAGGCCCAGCUCGGCGAGAUCGGCACUUCCUGUUACACCAAAAGUGGCAUGAUCCUGUGCCGGAACGACUACAUACGGUUGUUUGGGAGCAGCGGGGCGUGCAGUGCAUGUGGGCAGUCAAUACCAGCCAGUGAGAUGGUGAUGAGGGCACAGGGCAGCGUAUACCACUUGAAGUGUUUCACGUGUGCCACGUGCAGGAACCGAUUGGUACCAGGUGACCGGUUUCAUUAUAUCAACGGAACCAUCUUCUGUGAACACGACAGGCCCACGGCUCUCCUAAAUGGUCACUUAAACCCCUUACAGAGUAACCCGCUACAGAGUAACCCCAUGCUCCCAGACCAGAAAGUUUGCUAAUGAAGCACCGGGCAUGUAUCCUUGUGCCUUCUGUGAAUAGAACCUCGGUCACACAUUGUUGGCGUAUAGAGAUACCUAUAUAUAAAUAUAUAUAUAUUCCUCCUUUUCCAUAUUUCUCUAGAUUCCAUGCGUGGUGUCCGCGCGCGCAGUGUUUCAUUCGCUGCUGACAUCCACACUUUGUGUUUUCAAUAUUUGAGGAGGGAUGAAGAACUUGUAAAUCGGAUGUAUAAAAAAGAUAUAGUAUUUUGGAACUUUUCACAUUAUGAAUUGUUUCUCAGACACUCGGAUCGGAAGAGAAUGGGGCUCUCUGUGUAAAUAGGACACUGAUCUCAUUUUACUUUUCACUGCUGACAUCACAACUGGCGCUGAGCAAUCAGAAGGUUUUGAUUUUUCUGGACUAUUUAUCGUUAAGCAUUUUUGCGAGAUCUCCAUCACCGUUGCGGACUGUCCAAACCCACACGCUCUCUCACCCAGUGGAUUUAAACUGUGGGCAGUGCCGCCCAUCGCAUUAAAACCUUACACCCUUGCUAUGGGGAGAGUGGGCAGAGCUCUCCUUUCAACUUAUUCGACUCCAAUAAGCUCAAACGUUCUAAAUGUAUUUAUUGCAAUUCAGCGAGAUAGAGCCGCAGGUUGGAGGUGAGACCGGGACAGAAUGAAAGGUGUGGACGGGUGGAAAGGUUACCAGUGGAAAGCUAAUAAUAUAACAAGCAGGGAUUAAAUACUUUGUAUCUGAGUAAGGUAUACGUAUCAAACUAACCUGGGGGUCUUUACAUACUUGGGAGCCAUAAGCACCCAUCAAUGUGAUGAGCAGACUGCUGGUCCCCGUUCACAUUGCAGUAUGAAGCCCCUUAUUAAAAGGAAUAUUUGUCACAAUCUCCAAACCCAGCCCUAAAGAGCACCUGCAAUAUAUAUUGAAGGAAUAAAAAAGUACAAGAAAGCGGCAUGAAGCACGAGACCAUAGGGCAGCUUUGCAGGUGGAGGGUGUUAGACUAAGAAAUUAAAAUACUACAAUACACAAAUUAUCCUAGAUACAUGGAAUAGCCUUCCAGCAUAGGCAGUAAAGGCUAACGGUGAAAUAGAAAGGGGAGUAGCUUUUACUGCUUCCACUGAUAGGGAAUUCCAGGUACAUACUGCAGAAUAUUGCAUAUUAUAUGUUCAUAUUUAUAUCAGGUAUGGAUGUCAAAUGGGUUAAAAAGAACAGAUGGUAAUUACCCUUUCUGUAUCACUGGUAGCUAUUACUACUCCCACUGGAAGGCUAUUCCAGGUAUCUACUACCCUUUCUAUAUCACUGUUACUGCUCCCACUGGAAGGCUAUUCCAGGUAUCUACUACCCUUUCUAUAUCACUGUUACUGCUCCCACUGGAAGUCUAUUCCUGUUAUCCACUGCCCUUUCUGUAUCACUGUUACUGCUCCCACUGGAAGGCUAUUCCAGGUAUCUACUACCCUUUCUGUAUCACUGUUACUGCUCCCACUGGAAGGUUAUUCCACAUAUCUACUACCCUUUCUAUAUCACUGUUACUACUCCCACUGUAAGGCUAUUCCAGGUAUCGACUACCCUUUCUAUAUCACUGUUACUGCUCCCACUGGAAGGCUAUUCCAAGUAUCUACUACCCUUUCUAUAUCACUGUUACUGCUCCCACUGGAAGACUAUUCCAAGUAUGUACUAUCCUUUCUAUAUCACUGUUACUGCUCCCACUGGAAGGCUAUUCCACGUAUCUACUACCCUUUUCUUGUCACUCUCCGCAUUCUGGUCCCCCAGUAUUACAAUUUGCCAGAUUUAAAAAUGAAUUAGAAAUUUGCUUAUUGUCUGAUUAAAUUUAGCUUAUACCAAUUCUUGUCAGAUUUGCAUGAUGAUGUCCUGAAACCUGUAGAUUUUUCUCCCAGUCUAAAUUUCCACUGUGGGCGACCUGAAAGGGUCCGAAAUGACAAACGAGAAUGACCCGUGCCAAACACAUGCUGAGUGAUGACUUAAUGGGGCAAAGGUUAAUUGCAUUUAAAUUCUGGGAAAAGACAACGAGUGCUGGACAUGGAUUCCAAGGCAAUAAAUACUGGCGCUGAUUUGGUCAAGGCUAACUCCUCCUCCGCCCCAGUGGCCCUCUCGGUUAUCUUUUAACCCCUAGCCAAUAACCAACAGUGCCACAAAUUACCAUGUUGUGCCCACAAACCAAUUGGAUCAGAAUAUAUAUACUGCAUGGUCUUUACAAGUCAGUAAACCCGAACACAUCUGUCGAUGGCUAAACAACAAAAACAUUUCAAAAUAUUGCAAUAUUGAUCAUUUUACAGCUUAAUGGUUAAAAUGGUUCUGGAU